AUGUAUUGUUCGAUUCGGGGGCAACACAGUUUUGUGACCCCUGAGGUUGCUGCCCAGUUCUGGGAUUGCUUUUUGGUUGACAGGGUAAAUGUGGCAGUCUUGACCCCCGCAGACCGAACCCUUCAAGCGAAUCAGUGUAUCAAGAAUGCUCCAUUGGUCAUUCAAGAGAGAGAGUUUGUGGCAGAUUUGUUAGUCGUGCCUUUGGAAGGGUACGAAGUAAUCCUUGGAAUGGAUUGGUUAUCGUUCUACGGAGUUCAGAUUGAUUGUGGAAAAGGAAGACUGUUGUUUGGCAGAGGCAAACGUCCAGAGAUGGUAUACUACGGAAUCAGUCCUAGUAUGACAGUGUCACUAGUCGUGGCAAUGAGAGUGCAAGAUUUGUUUCAAGACGGAGAAGUGUAUUUGGUGACUUUAUCGGUUAGUGGAGGAGCCACUGACGAUGAAGUUAAGAUUGAAGACAUAGAAGUGGUCAAGGAGUUUGAAGAUAUUUUUGAGCCACUAAAGGAAUUACCUCCACCUCGGAGUAAUCCUUUUACUAUUACUUUGGAGCUUGAAGCAAAACCUAUAGCUAAGGCACCGUAUCGGAUGGCACCUGCGGAGUUGGCUGAACUCAAGAAACAAUUGGAAGAUCUACUGGGAAAGGGAUUCAUCCGAUCGAGUUCUUCACCUUAG